AUGUCAAAUCUUUUUAAACCACUCCGAGUUGGCCGCAUUGAGGUCUCCAACCGUAUUGUCCUAGCACCAUUAACCCGGUGCCGCAACGACGACAAACACAUCCCACUUUUCUUUGUAAAAGACUACUAUGCUCAGCGUGGCUCAACCCCUGGCACCCUUCUUAUAUCUGAAGGAGCAUUAAUCACCCCACGCGCUGGCCUCUGGGACAACUCUCCAGAAAUUCACACCGAUGCCCAGGUCGCUAUGUGGAAGGAAGUUACCGACGCCGUGCAUGCUAAAGGCUCCUAUAUCUAUAUGCAAAUAUUUGCUAUGGGUCGUGUAGCCAGUCAUGAACAGCUAAAAAAGGAAGACAACUUCGACCUUGUCUCUAGUAGCGCAACCCCCCUAUGUGCCGAUGGUCCAAUCCCGCGUGCCCUAAGCGAGUCCGAGAUCGAAGAGUACAUCGCCGACUACGUACAGGCUGCGCGUAAUGCCAUAUCUGCUGGCUUUGACGGUGUAGAGAUUCACUCAGCGAAUGGCUUUUUACUUGACCAGUUCCUUCAAGAUACCUGCAACAAGCGCACUGAUUGCUGGGGCGGCAGCAUUCAAAACCGUGUGCGGUUUACACUCGAGGUCACCCGCGCUGUGGCUGCUGCUAUUGGUGCCGAUCGUACUGGUAUCCGCCUGAGUCCCUUUAGCCCCUACAAUGGUAUGAAGAUGGAGAACCCGCUGCCGACGUUCAAGUAUCUAGCGCAGGAGUUACGCAAGUUAAAGAUUGCCUACACACAUCUUAUCGAGUCGCGUGUCUCUGGUGCUGAGACUAUCGAUGCGCUCGACUCCCUUGACUUCUUUUUAAAGGCAUACGAGGACGCCAGCCCUGUUAUCGUUGCUGGUGGGUAUAAGUCUGAUUCGGCGCGUGAAGCUGUUGAUAUACAGUACCGCGGGCAUGAUAUUCUUGUUGCAUUUGGUCGGCCUUUUAUUUCCAACCCCGAUCUGCCAUUUCGAAUCAAGGAUAACGUGAAAUUUGCUCCCUAUGACCGUGAUACUUUUUAUACCCCCGGUACUUCUAAGGGCUAUACCGAUUAUGAGUUCAGUGACGAGUUCAAGGCCAAGGCGGCUGCUAUUGCAGCAUAG